UUUUUUUUUUUCCUUCUUAAAAGCUUGUUGUCCGCCUCCCAUCUGUUCAUCCUUUUAUGAUUUGGACAGCUUCUCUCCUUCAUUGAACCGAUUUUUUUUUCACUCCGUGCAAAGUCCUUUUAUCUUUUUAUCCCCAACUCUCAGGUUCUUUUCUCACAAUGGCUGCCCCCGCACACAAGUUCAAGGUCGCCGACCUCUCUCUUGCCGCCUUCGGCCGCAAGGAGAUCGAGCUGGCUGAGAACGAGAUGCCUGGUCUGAUGCAGACCCGUGAGAAGUACGCUGCCGACCAGCCCCUCAAGGGCGCCCGUAUCGCCGGUUGCUUGCACAUGACCAUCCAGACUGCUGUCCUUAUCGAGACCCUGACUGCGCUGGGCGCCGAGGUCACCUGGACUUCAUGCAACAUCUUCUCCACCCAGGACCACGCCGCUGCUGCCAUCGCCGCCGCCGGUGUCCCCGUCUUUGCCUGGAAGGGCGAGACUGAGGAGGAGUACAACUGGUGCUUGGAGCAGCAGCUCCUGGCCUUCAAGGAUGGCAAGAAGCUGAACCUGAUUCUCGACGACGGUGGUGACCUUACCCACCUCGUCCACGACAAGUACCCCGAGAUGCUGGCUGACUGCUACGGUGUCUCGGAGGAGACCACCACUGGUGUCCACCACCUCUACAAGAUGCUCAAGGAGGGCAAGCUUCUGGUCCCUGCCAUCAACGUCAACGACUCGGUCACCAAGUCCAAGUUCGACAACCUUUACGGCUGCCGUGAGUCGCUUGUUGACGGUAUCAAGCGUGCCACCGAUGUCAUGAUUGCUGGCAAGAUUGCCGUUGUCGCUGGUUACGGUGACGUCGGCAAGGGCUGCGCCAUGGCCCUCCACGGCAUGGGUGCUCGCGUCAUCGUUACUGAGAUCGACCCCAUCAACGCCCUCCAGGCUGCCAUGGCCGGUUUCCAGGUCACUACCAUGGAGAAGGCUGCCUCUGUCGGUCAGAUCUUCGUCACCACCACUGGUUGCCGUGACAUCCUGGUCGGCAAGCACUUCGAGGCUAUGCCCAACGACGCCAUCGUCUGCAACAUUGGCCACUUCGACAUUGAGAUCGACGUCGCCUGGCUCAAGGCCAACGCCAAGAGCGUCCAGAACAUCAAGCCCCAGGUCGACCGCUUCCUGAUGGCCAACGGCCGUCACAUCAUCCUCCUGGCUGAGGGUCGUCUGGUCAACUUGGGCUGUGCCACUGGCCACUCUUCGUUCGUCAUGUCCUGCUCCUUUACCAACCAGGUUCUGGCCCAGAUCAUGCUGUACAAGAACAACGACGCCGCCUUCGGUCAGAAGUACGUCGAGUUUGCCAAGUCGGGCAAGCUUGAGAAGAAGGUCUACGUGCUGCCCAAGAUCCUCGACGAGGAGGUCGCCAAGCUGCACCUGGCCCACUGCAACGUCGAGCUUUCGACCCUUACCCCCGUCCAGGCCGAGUACCUCAGCCUGCCGGCCGAGGGUCCUUACAAGCCCGAGCACUACCGCUACUAAGCGUGUCCGUGUAACCUCAUUCCGGCGACACAUGGCGUGCUCGUCGCGAGGUUAAACCGGAUACCCCUGUGCCGGUCUAUCUACGCCGGCCGGACGCUACUAAUUCAACAACUAAGCUAUACGGGUAACGAGAGCAAUGGGAUUUUUUAAUGCAUUUUUUUAUGGUUCGUACAUUGGGGACAUAUACUACCGGAAUCAAGGUGGGAAAACAGGCAGGCAACUGAACCAUCUUUUCAACAAAAGUUCGGCGUUGGCAGCAUGAUGAUGAUAUCCCCACCAUUCCUUACGGACGAAUUUUCUGUGUUUAACCAAAGGAAAGGCGUUCUUUUUUUUGUCCACUUGGUACGGGUUUUUGUUUUGUUUUAUGUCUAGGUUACGCCAACCCACAGGAAAGGGUGGCAAAUGGCAUGCAUGCCAGUAUUUAGGUGGUGAAUGGCCCAUUCAACCAGGCCACGGAUAUAGACAAAAAGAGAUUUGGCAUAACUGUGAUCCAUUUGAGCCUCGGCA